GGGGUGGGCGGAGGAGAGGGGCAGGGGGCGGAGCUGGAGGGGGUGGUUCGGCGUGGGGGCCGUUGGCUCCAGACAAAUAAACAUGGAGUCCAUCUUCCACGAGAAACAAGAAGGCUCACUUUGUGCUCAACAUUGCCUGAAUAACUUAUUGCAAGGAGAAUAUUUUAGCCCUGUGGAAUUAUCCUCAAUUGCACAUCAGCUGGAUGAGGAGGAGAGGAUGAGAAUGGCAGAAGGAGGAGUUACUAGUGAAGAUUAUCGCACGUUUUUACAGCAGCCUUCUGGAAAUAUGGAUGACAGUGGUUUUUUCUCUAUUCAGGUUAUAAGCAAUGCCUUGAAAGUUUGGGGUUUAGAACUAAUCCUGUUCAACAGUCCAGAGUAUCAGAGGCUCAGGAUCGAUCCUAUAAAUGAAAGAUCAUUUAUAUGCAAUUAUAAGGAACACUGGUUUACAGUUAGAAAAUUAGGAAAACAGUGGUUUAACUUGAAUUCUCUCUUGACGGGUCCAGAAUUAAUAUCAGAUACAUAUCUUGCACUUUUCUUGGCUCAAUUACAACAGGAAGGUUAUUCUAUAUUUGUUGUUAAGGGUGAUCUGCCAGAUUGCGAAGCUGACCAGCUCCUGCAGAUGAUUAGGGUCCAACAGAUGCAUCGACCAAAACUUAUUGGAGAAGAAUUAGCACAACUAAAAGAGCAAAGAGUCCAUAAAACAGACCUGGAACGAGUGUUAGAAGCAAAUGAUGGCUCAGGAAUGUUAGACGAAGAUGAGGAGGAUUUGCAGAGGGCUCUGGCACUAAGUCGCCAAGAAAUUGACAUGGAAGAUGAGGAAGCAGAUCUCCGCAGGGCUAUUCAGCUAAGUAUGCAAGGUAGUUCCAGAAACAUAUCUCAAGAUAUUCCACAGACAUCAGGUACAAAUCUUACUUCAGAAGAGCUUCGGAAGAGACGAGAAGCCUACUUUGAAAAACAGCAGCAAAAGCAGCAAAAGCAGCAGCAGCAGGGGGACCUAUCAGGACAGAGUUCACAUCCAUGUGAAAGGCCAGCCACCAGUUCAAGAGCACUUGGGAGUGAUCUAGGUGAUGCUAUGAGUGAAGAAGACAUGCUUCAGGCAGCUGUGACCAUGUCUUUAGAAACUGUCAGAAGUGAUUUGAAAACAGAAGGAAAAAAAUAAUACCUUUAAAAAAUAAUUUAGAUAUUCAUACUUUCCAACAUUAUCCUGUGUGAUUACAGCAUAGGGUCCACUUUGGUACUGUGUCAAAGAGAUGAGGAAAUAAGACUUUUAGUGAUUUGCAAACAAAAUGAUGGGAAAGUGGAACAAUGCGUCAGUUGUAGGACUAAAUAAUGAUCUUCCAAAUAUUAGCCAAAGAGGCAUUCAGCAAUUAAAGACAUUUAAAAUAGUUUUCUAAAUGUUUCUUUUUCUUUUUUGAGUGUGCAAUAUGUAACAUGUCUAAAGUUAGGGCAUUUUUCUUGGAUCUUUUUGCAGACCAGCUAAUUAGCUCUCGCCUCAGGCUUUUUCCAUAUAGUUUGUUUUCUUUUUCUGUCUUGUAGGUAAUUUGGCUCACAUCAUGUAAUAGUGGCUUUCAUUUCUUAUUAACCAAAUUAACCUUUCAGGAAAGUAUCUCUACUUUCCUGAUGUUGAUAAUAGUAAUGGUUCUAGAAGGAUGAACGGUUCUCCCUUCAACUGUAUACCGUGUGCUCCAGAGUUUUCUUGUGUUGUUUUCUCUGAUCACAACUUUUCUGCUACCUGGUUUUCAUUAUUUUCCCACAAUUCUUUUGAAAGAUGGUAAUCUUUUCUGAGGUUUAGCGUUUUAAGCCCUACGAUGGGAUCAUUAUUUCAUGACUGGUGCGUUCCUAAACUCUGAAACCAGCCCUGCACAAGUACUUGAGAAUAAAUGAGCAUUUUUUAAAAUGUGUGAGCAUGUGCUUUCCCAGAUGCUUUAUGAAUGUCUUUUCACUUAUAUCAAAACCUUAUAGCUUUGUUGCAACCCCUUCUUCCUGCGCCUUAUUUUUUCCUUUCUUCUCCAGUUGAGAAAACUAGGAGAAGCAUAGUAUGCAGGCAAGUCUCCUUCUGUUAGAAGACUAAACAUACGUACCCACCAUGAAUGUAUGAUACAUGAAAUUUGGCCUUCAAUUUUAAUAGCAGUUUUAUUUUAUUUUUUCUCCUAUGACUGGAGCUUUGUGUUCUCUUUACAGUUGAGUCAUGGAAUGUAGGUGUCUGCUUCACAUCUUUUAGUAGGUAUAGCUUGUCAAAGAUGGUGAUCUGGAACAUGAAAAUAAUUUACUAAUGAAAAUAUGUUUAAGUUUAUACUGUGAUUUGACACUUGCAUCAUGUUUAGAUAGCUUAAGAACAAUAGAAGUCACAGUACUUAGUGGAUCUAUAAAUAAGAAAGUCCAUAGUUUUGAUAAAUAUUGUCUUUAAUUGAGAUGUACAGAGAGUUUCUUGCUGGGUCAAUAGGAUAGUAUCAUUUUGGUGAAAACCAUGUCUCUGAAAUUGAUGUUUUAGUUUCAGUGUUCCCUAUCCCUCAUUCUCCAUCUCCUUUUGAAGCUCUUUUGAAUGUUGAAUUGUUCAUAAGCUAAAAUCCAAGAAAUUUCAGCUGACAACUUCGAAAAUUAUAAUAUGGUAUAUUGCCCUCCUGGUGUGUGGCUACACACAUUUUAUCAGGGAAAGUUUUUUGAUCUAGGAUUUAUUGCUAACUAACUGAAAAGAGAAGAAAAAAUAUCUUUUAUUUAUGAUUAUAAAAUAGCUUUUUCUUCGAUAUAACAGAUUUUUUAAGUCAUUAUUUUGUGCCAAUCAGUUUUCUGAAGUUUCCCUUACACAAAAGGAUAGCUUUAUUUUAAAAUCUAAAGUUUCUUUUAAUAGUUAAAAAUGUUUCAGAAGAAUUAUAAAACUUUAAAACUGCAAGGGAUGUUGGAGUUUAGUACUACUCCCUCAAGAUUUAAAAAGCUAAAUAUUUUAAGACUGAACAUUUAUGUUAAUUAUUACCAGUGUGUUUGUCAUAUUUUCCAUGGAUAUUUGUUCAUUACCUUUUUCCAUUGAAAAGUUACAUUAAACUUUUCAUACACUUGAAUUGAUGAGCUACCUAAUAUAAAAAUGAGAAAACCAAUAUGCAUUUUAAAGUUUUAACUUUAGAGUUUAUAAAGUUCAUAUAUACCCUAGUUAAAGCACUUAAGAAAAUAUGGCAUGUUUGACUUUUAGUUCCUAGAGAGUUUUUGUUUUUUUUUUUGUUGUUGUUGUUUUUUGAGACGGAGUCUUGCUAUGUCUCCCAGGCUGGAGGGCAGUGGCAUGAUCUCGGCUCACUACAACUUCCACCUCCCGGGUUCAAGCAAUUCUCCUGCCUCAGCCUCCAGAGUAGCUGGGAUUACAGGCGCCCACCACCACACCCCGCAGAUUUUUGUAUUUUUGGUAGAGACAACGGUUUCAUCAUGUUUGGCCAGGCUGGUCUCGAACUCCUGACCUCAGGUGAUCCGCCUGCCUUGGCCUCCCAAAGUGCUGGAUUACAGGCAUGAGCCACUGCGCCUGGCCAGCUAGAGAGUUUUUAAAGCAGAGCUGAGCACACACUGGAUGCGUUUGAAUGUGUUUGUGUAGUUUGUUGUGAAAUUGUUACAUUUAGCAGGCAGAUCCAGAAGCACUAGUGAACUGUCAUCUUGGUGGGGUUGGCUUAAGUUUAAUUGACUGUUUAGAUUCCAUUUCUUAAUUGAUUGGCCAGUAUGAAAAGAUGCCAGUGCAAGUAACCAUAGUAUCAAAAAAGUUAAAAAUUAUGCAAAGCUAUUAUACAUCAGGUACUGCCAUUUACUGUAAACCACCUGCAAGAAAGUCAGGAACAACUAAAUUCACAAGAACUGUCCUGCUAAGAAGUGUAUUAAAGAUUUCCAUUUUGUUUUACUAAUUGGGAACAUCUUAAUGUUUAAUAUUUAAACUAUUGGUAUCAUUUUUCUAAUGUAUAAUUUGUAUUACUGGGAUCAAGUAUGUACAGUGGUGAUGCUAGUAGAAGUUCAAAUAAGCCUUGGAAAUACCACUUUCAUAUUUUCAGAUGUCAUGGAUUUAAUGAGUAAUUUAUGUUUUUAAAAUUCAGAAUAGUUAAUCUCUGAUCUAAAACCAUCAAUCUAUGUUUUUUACGGUAAUCAUGUAAAUAUUUCAGUAAUAUAAACUGUUUGAAAAGGCUGCUGCAGGUAAACUCUAUACUAGGAUCUUGGCCAAAUAAUUUACAAUUCACAGAAUAUUUUAUUUAAGGUGGUGCUUUUUUUUUUGUCCUUAAAACUUGAUUUUUCUUAACUUUAUUCAUGAUGCCAAAGUAAAUGAGGAAAAAAACUCAAAACCAGUUGAGUAUCAUUGCAGACAAAACUACCAGUAGUCCAUAUUGUUUAAUAUUAAGUUGAAUAAAAUAAAUUUUAUUUCAGUCAGAGCCUAAAUCACAUUUUGAAUGUCUGAAUUUUUGCUACUAUUUUUUAAAUCAUGCUAGUGGCGGCUGGGCAUGGUACCUCACGCCUGUAAUCCCAGCAUUUUGGGAGGCCGAAGUGGGUGGAUCACGAGGUCGGGAGUUCAAGACCAGCUUGGCCAAAAUGGUGAAACCCCAUCUGUACUAAAAACUACAAAAAUUAGCUGGGUGCGGUGGCAGGUGCCUGUAAUCCCAGCUACCUGGGAGUCUGAGGCAGGAGAAUUGCUUGAACCCUGGCGGCAGAGGAUGCAGUGAGCCGAGAUGGUGCCACUGUACUCCAGACUGGGCGACAGAGUGAGACUCUGUCUCAAAAAAAAAAAAAAAAAAAAAAAAAAUCAUGCUAGUGCCAAGAGCUACUAAAUUCUUAAAACCGGCCCAUUGGACCUGUACAGAUAAAAAAUAGAUUCAGUGCAUAAUCAAAAUAUGAUAAUUUUUAAAUCUUAAGUAGAAAAAUAAAUCUUGAUGUUUUAAAUUCUUAUGAGGAUUCAAUAGUUAAUAUUGAUGAUCUCCCGGCUGGGUGCAGUGGCUCACGCCUGUAAUCCCAGCAGUUCGGGAGGCUGAGGUGGGCGAACCGCUUCAGGCCAGGAGUUCAAGACCAGUCUGGGCAACAUGGUGAAACCUCGUCUCUACUAAAAAUAUAAAAAUUAGCCGGGCGUGGUUGCACACACUUGUAAUCCCAGCUACUCAGGAGGCUAAGAAUCGCAUGAGCCUAGGAGGCAGAGGUUGCAGAGUGCCAAGGGCUCACCACUGCAUUCCAGCCUGCCCAACAGAGUGAGACACUGUCUCUGAAAAAAUAUAUAUAUAUAUAUAUAUAUAUAUAUGUAUAUAUGUGUGUAUAUAUAUAUGUAUAUAUGUGUGUAUAUUUAUGUAUAUAUAUAUGACUUCCUAUUAAAAACUUUAUCCCAGCCGGGGGCAGUGGCUCAUGCCUGUAAUCCCAACACUUUGGGAGGCUGAGGCAGGUGGAUCACCUGAAGUCAGGAGUUCGAGACCAGCCUGGCCAACAUGGUGAAACCCCAUCUCUACUAAAAAUACAAAACUUAGCCAGGUAUGGUGGCGGGCACCUGUAAUCCCAGUUACUUGGGAGGCUGAGGCAGGAGAAUCGUUGAAACCCAGGAGGUGGAGGUUGCAGUGAGCUGAGAUCGUGCCAUUGCACUCUAGCCUGGGCAGCAAGAGUAAAACUCCGUCUUAAAGGUUUUUUUUUUUUUUUUUUUUUUUUAAUCCGGAAACGAAGAGGCCUUGGGCCGCUAUUUUCUUUUUCUUUCUUUCUUUCUUUUUUUUUUUUUUUUUCUGAGACGGAGUCUAGCUCUGCUGCCCAGGCUGGAGUACAAUGACACGAUGUUGGCUCACUGCAACCUCCACCUCCUGGGUUCAAGCGAUUCUCCUGCCUCAGCCUCCCAAGUACCUGGGAUUACAGGCACCUGCCACUACACCUGGCGAAUAUUUGUUUUUUUUAGUAGAGACGGGCUUUUACCAUGUUAGGCUGGUCUCAAACUCCUGACCUCAGGUGAUCUGCCUGCCUUGGCCUCCCAAAGUGCUGGGAUUACAGGUGCAGGCCACCACGCCCGGCCUUGGGCCACUGUUUUCAAAGUGAAUUGUUUGUUGUAUCGAGUCCUUAAGUAUGGAUAUAUGAUAUAUGUGACCCUAAUUAAGAACUACCAGAUUGGAUCAACCAAUCAUGUCAGCAAUGUAAAUAACUUUAUUUUUCAUAUUCAAAAUAAAAACUUUCUUUUAUUUCUGGCCCCUUUAUAACCAGCAUCUUUUUGCUUUAAAAAAUGACCUGGCUUUGUAUUUUUUUAGUCUUAAACAUAAUAAAAAUAUUUUUGUUCUAAUUUGCUUUCAUGAAUGAAGAUUAUUGACAUCGUUGGUAAAUUCUAGAAUUUUGAUUUUGUUUUUUAAUUUGAAGAAAAUCUUUGCUAUUAUUAUUUUUUCCAAGUGGUCUGGCAUUUUAAGAAUUAGUGCUAAUAACGUAACUUCUAAAUUUGUCGUAAUUGGCAUGUUUAAUAGCAUAUCAAAAAACAUUUUAAGCCUGUGGAUUCAUAGACAAAGCAAUGAGAAACAUUAGUAAAAUAUAAAUGGAUAUUCCUGAUGCAUUUAGGAAGCUCUCAGUUGUCUCUUGCGUAGUUUAAGGAAUGUUUUCUGAAUUUUUUUAAUGCUUUUUUUUUUUGAAAGAGGAAAACAUACAUUUUUAAAUGUGAUUAUCUAAUUUUUACAACACUGGGCUAUUAGGAAUAACUUUUUAAAAAUUACUGUUCUGUAUAAAUAUUUGAAAUUCAAGUACAGAAAAUAUCUGAAACAAAAAGCGUUGUUUGGCCAUGAUACAAGUGCACUGUGGCAGUGCCGCUUGCUCAGGACCCAGCCCUGCAGCCCUUCUGUGUGUGCUCCCUCGUUAAGUUCAUUUGCUGUUAUUACACACACAGGCCUUCCUGUCUGGUCGUUAGAAAAGCCGGGCUUCCAAAGCACUGUUGAACACUGAGGAUUCUGUUGUUAGUGUGGAUGUUCAAUGAGUUGUAUUUUAAAUAUCAAAGAUUAUUAAAUAAAGAUAAUGUUUGCUUUUCUA